CAAUAUUGCAGCCCAUCUUCUGUCCACCAUGGUCAACACUUGCACCCCGAUUCUUGCUCUCGUCUCCCUGGCUGCCUUUGCACCGCCAGCCAAUGCUGUACCUACUCCUAUGCCCGAGAUCGCUCGUCGCCAGUACGGUUGGGGCUGGGGCUUUCCAUUUGUGAGCGUGCUUAAUACCGAGUUUGACAGUGCCUCCAACCGUGCCAACUUCAACGAGAACACUCUGUAUACCAACAGCCUCAGCGCAAACCAGGUAAAUGAUGCUGUUCAUUCCAACACCAACACCUUCAACAGCUUCCGCAAGCGCCAGUGGGGAUACGGUGGAUACGGUGGAUACGGUGGAUAUGGCAGAUAUGGUGGAUAUGGCGGCUGGGGCUGGGGAUUCCCAUUCCUGAGCUCGUUCAACAGCGAGUUCGAUCGUGCUUCAAACCGCGCUAACUUUAGUGAGAAUACUCUGUAUACCAACAACAUCAACGCCAACCAGGCAAAUGAUGCUGUCCACUCCAACACCAACAACUUCAUCUCUGGCUAACUCAGUUCUUA